CACAGAUCAGACCUUUCUAGACAUCAGAGAAUCCACACAGGGGAAAGACCCUAUGAAUGCCGUGAGUGCGGGAAAACCUUCAAUCGCAGUUCGCACCUUAUUAGGCAUCAAACAAUCCACAGAGGAGAGAGGCCCUAUGAAUGCAGUGAAUGUGGAAAAUGCUUCACUAGCAGCUCAGACCUUUCUCAACAUCAGAGAAUCCACACAGGAGAGAGGCCCUAUGAAUGCCGUGAGUGUGGGAAAAUUUUCACUUACAGAUCAGACCUUUCUAGACAUCAGAGGAUCCACACGGGGGAAAGACCCUAUGAAUGCCGUGAGUGUGGGAAAACCUUCAAUCGCAGCUCGCACCUUAUUAGUCAUCAAACAACCCACACAGGGGACAGGCCCUAUGUAUGCAGUGAGUGUGGGAAAACGUUCACUCAAAGAUCAGCCCUUCCUGCUCAUCAGAGAAUCCACACAGGGGACAGGCCCUAUGAAUGCAGUGAGUGCGGGAAAACCUUCAAUCACUGCUCAAACCUUAUUACCCAUCAGAGAAUCCACACAGGGGACAGGCCCUAUGAAUGCAGUUUGUGUGGGAAAACCUUCAAUCGCAGCUCAACCCUUGUUAGCCAUCAG